GCUGGAGCAAAGACACACUGUAUGCUAUAACUUGGAUAAACUGUAAAUCCGACAGAGAAGGAAAGUGGUAAACGGAUCAAUAGCCUAUCCGUUUUUAAUAGGCUACUUGUCUGGUUUUGGGACGCCAUGGUGAAACAGCGACGCAUCAGAGCGCACUCGUGUUGCACUGUUGCGCCUCUUUGUUGCAGAAGAGGACCUCUGAAGACUCUGACGGAACCUGCCAUCUUUGCCAGGGAGACCAGCUGUGAAUGUCGCGCCCCUCAUGAGAAGCUCACCAUCACCCAGGCCCGCAGAGGCACCCCAGUGGACCGACCUGUCAGAGUCUAUGCAGAUGGCAUCUUUGACCUGUUCCACUCUGGUCAUGCUCGCGCUCUCAUGCAAGCGAAGAACCUUUUCCCCAACACCUACCUCAUAGUAGGAGUGUGCAGUGAUGAGCUGACCCAUAAGUACAAGGGUUUCACAGUCAUGACGGAGACUGAACGUUAUGAAGCGCUGAGACACUGCCGCUACGUUGACGAGAUUCUGAGAGAUGCACCCUGGACUCUCACACCCGAGUUCCUGGAGAAACACAAGAUCGAUUUUGUGGCUCAUGACGAUAUCCCAUACUCCUCAGCAGGAAGUGAGGACGUUUAUAAACAUAUCAAGGAGGCAGGAAUGUUUGUACCCACACAACGGACGGAGGGAAUCUCAACUUCUGACUUAAUUACUAGAAUUGUCAGAGACUAUGACGUCUACGCUCGACGCAACCUCCAACGCGGCUACACGGCUAAGGAGCUGAACGUUAGCUACAUAAACGAGAAGAAGUACAGGUUGCAGAACCAGGUGGAUCGGAUGAAGGAGAAGGUUCGCACAGUCGAGGAGAAGAGUAAACAUUUUGUUUACCGUGUGGAGGAGAAGAGCGCUGACCUCAUUCAGAAGUGGGAGGAGAAAUCCAGAGAGUUUAUCGGCAACUUCUUGGAACUGUUUGGACCUGAUGGGACUUGGAAACAGGUGUUUCAGGAGCGCAGUGGACGGAUGCUCUCCUAUGCUCUGUCUCCUCGAGAGUCACCCUGUAACAGUCCCCCCCGCGAACUGUCACCGCUCCGCUCCCCCUCACCCCCGUCACCCCCGGCCCGCUGGCACAACGCACGGCCCUCGCCACCCACCUCCCCCAAAGGAGCAUCUGCCUCUAUGAGCAGCAUGAGUGAAGGUGAUGAAGAUGAGAAGUAGACGGACUCAGACACACACAUGUACACACACGUCACACCUCACUCACUGCCUGAGAACUGCGCACGCACACACACACACACACACACACACACACACACACACACACACACACACACACACACACACACACAC